AAUGUAGGGAGCUACACUGUGGUAGAACAUAAAUAUGAUGCAGUUGUUGUUGGAGCAGGAGGUGCAGGACUUACAACUGCUGUUGGUUUGGUGCAGUGUGGAUUUAAAACUGCUGUUGUCACCAAGCUGUUUCCAACACGAUCUCACACUGUUGCAGCUCAAGGAGGAGUUAAUGCUGCCCUAGGAAACAUGGAGCCAGAUUGUUGGAACUGGCAUAUGUAUGAUACUGUGAAAGGUUCAGAUUGGUUGGGUGAUCAGGAUGCAAUUCAUUAUAUGGCUCGAGAAGCACCCCAAGCUAUUAUUGAAUUGGAGAAUUUUGGAAUGCCAUUCAGUAGAACAAAAGAAGGGAAAAUAUAUCAAAGAGCUUUUGGAGGUCAAACUCUGGAUUUGGGAAAAGGGGGACAAGCUCACAGAACUUGUGCAGUUGCGGAUAGGACUGGCCAUAGUUUAUUGCACACAAUGUACGGACAAGCCUUGCGCUUUAAGUGCCGCUUUUUUCCAGAAUAUUUUGCACUUGAUUUACUUAUGGAGAAUGAGCAAUGCAAAGGAGUCAUUGCCUUUUGUCUUGAAGAUGGUUCAAUCCACAAAUUUAAUGCGAAAAAUACAAUAGUUUGCACUGGUGGAAGUGAAAGAGUGUAUAUGACUACGACUGCAGCCAUCUCCUGUACAGGUGAUGGUAUGGGGAUGGUUUCUCGAGCAUGUCUUCCUCUUCAAGACAUGGAAUUUGUUCAGUUCCAUCCUACAGGUGUAUAUCGUGUCGGUUGUCUCAUUACUGAGGGAUCUCGAGGUGAAGGUGGUUUUCUAGUUAAUAGCCAAGGUGAACGAUUUAUGGAAAAGUACGCACCUCAAGCUAAAGAUUUGGCAUCAAGAGAUGUAGUGUCUCGAUCAAUGGCCUUGGAGAUUUUGGAAGGAAGAGGAGUUGGCCCAGACAAAGACUAUAUACAUUUACAACUCCAUCACUUGCCAAGAGAUGUAAUAGAAACUAAAUUGCCUGGAAUAUCAGAGAGCGCCAAAAUAUUUGCUGGUGUAGAUGUUCAUAAAGAGCCUAUUCCAGUGGUGCCUACUGUUCAUUAUAACAUGGGAGGAAUUCCUACUAAUUACAAGGGGCAGGUUCUGACUCAGAAAUGUGAAGAAGAUGCAGUAGUUCCUGGUCUCUAUGCUGCUGGUGAGUGUGCUUGUGUAUCAGUCCAUGGGGCCAAUAGAUUGGGUGCUAACUCCCUUUUAGAACUUGUUAUAUUUGGUCGUUCUUGUGCUCUUACUAUCAAAGAAUCAUGUAAACCAGGAGAUGAAAUUCCACCUCUUUCUCCUAAAGCUGGGGAAGCUUCUAUUGCCAAUUUGGAUUGGAUUCGUAAUGCACAUGGUUGCACUUCUCUCUUCCAAAUACGUUCAGAAAUGCAGAAGGCAAUGACAAAAUAUGCUGGAAUAUUUAGAAAUAAGGAUCUUCUAGAAAAAGGAUGCUGUGAACUGCUUGAAAUUUAUAAAAAGUUGGAUGAUCUGAAGGUGACUGAUCGUUCAUUGAUUUGGAAUACUGAACUAAUUGAAGCUUUGGAAUUACAAAACAUGCUGGGAAAUGCAACACAAAUUAUUUUUAGUGCUUCAAACCGAAAGGAGUCCCGAGGAGCUCAUUUCAGAGAUGAUUACAAAGUUCGUUGUGAUGAAUAUGACUAUUCACAACCUACACAGUCACAGACAAAGAGGGCUUUUGAGGAUCAUUGGAGGAAACAUACUUUGUCUUGGGUAGAUGAAAAAACUGGCGAAGUGGAUAUCAAAUAUCGUGCAGUAAUUGAUGAAACUUUAGAUUCAGAUGAGCAACAUACUAUUCCUCCGAUGAUUAGAAAGAACUUCGUCAAUCUCAGUGUUGCCAAACUCUGUGGGCACAGGGCCAGUACAGGUCAGCCCCACGAUUCUCUCUUCUCGGCAAGUGUGAUUCCACCUUACGUACUGGCAAAUAACAUUGGCCGAACAUGUCUUGCCAGCCGUAAGAUCCAUUUCACUGUUGACGGGAAGCAAAGUGAAGCGAAAGUAUCAUCGAUAUCAAGAGAUUACCCUGUAGUUGACCAUAAUUAUGAUGCAGUUGUUGUGGGAGCUGGUGGGGCAGGUUUACGUGCAGCGUUUGGGCUUGUUGCAGAAGGUUUUAGCACAGCUGUCAUCACAAAACUUUUUCCGACACGCUCACAUACAGUAGCAGCUCAAGGAGGAAUUAAUGCUGCACUUGGUAACAUGGAAGAGGAUAAUUGGCAAUGGCAUAUGUAUGAUACUGUAAAAGGUUCUGAUUGGUUGGGUGAUCAAGAUGCGAUUCAUUACAUGACUCGAGAAGCUCCCAAAGCUGUUAUUGAAUUGGAGAAUUAUGGUAUGCCAUUUAGCCGCACCCAAGAUGGGAAGAUUUAUCAACGAGCCUUUGGUGGUCAGUCUUUGAAAUUUGGAAAAGGUGGGCAGGCCCAUAGAUGUUGUUGUGUUGCUGACCGAACAGGCCACUCUCUUUUGCAUACAUUGUAUGGCCAGUCCUUAAGAUAUGAUUGUAACUACUUCGUUGAAUAUUUCGCUCUGGACCUUCUUAUGGAAGAUGGUGAAUGUCGAGGAGUAAUUGCUCUUUGCUUGGAAGAUGGUAGCAUCCAUAGGUUUAGAGCAAAAAAUACUGUAUUGGCUACUGGCGGUUAUGGACGAGCAUAUUUCUCUUGCACUUCUGCUCAUACUUGCACUGGUGAUGGCACUGCAAUGAUAUCAAGAGCUGGCUUACCAAACCAGGAUUUAGAGUUUGUACAGUUCCAUCCAACUGGAAUUUAUGGUGCUGGCUGUCUCAUAACUGAAGGGUGUCGAGGUGAAGGAGGUUACCUUAUUAAUAGUGAAGGAGAAAGAUUUAUGGAACGUUAUGCCCCUGUUGCAAAGGACUUGGCUUCCCGAGAUGUUGUGUCCAGGUCAAUGACAAUUGAAAUUAGAGAAGGAAGAGGUUGUGGCCCCGAGAAGGAUCAUGUGUAUUUGCAGUUGCACCAUUUGCCCCCUGAACAAUUGGCCCAGCGGUUGCCUGGUAUUUCUGAGACAGCAAUGAUCUUUGCUGGUGUAGACGUGACUCGUGAGCCAAUUCCUGUGCUUCCGACAGUGCACUACAAUAUGGGUGGAAUCCCCACAAAUUACAAAGGUCAAGUUAUAACUGUUCAAAAUGGAAAGGACAAAGUCGUUAAUGGACUGUAUGCUUGUGGAGAAUCAGCAUGUACUUCAGUUCAUGGUGCUAAUAGACUGGGAGCAAAUUCUCUACUUGAUUUGGUAGUAUUUGGUCGUGCCUGUGCCAAGACAAUAGCUGAGGAGAACAAACCAGGAGAGAAGUUUGGACCUAUUAGUUCUAAUGCUGGUGAAGCUUCAGUAGCCAAUCUUGAUUGGGUUAGGUACGCUAAUGGUUCAAUCCCAACUGCAGCUUUGAGAUUGAAUAUGCAAAAGACAAUGCAGACCCAUGCAGCUGUGUUCAGAACUGCAGAAACUUUGCAGGAAGGGUGCAAGAAGAUUAGUGAUAUAUACAAGAAGAUGUCAGACUUGAAGGUAUCAGACAACAGCCUGGUGUGGAAUUCAGAUCUAGUGGAGACUCUCGAACUCCAAAACUUGAUGAUCAACGCAUCUCAGACCAUUGUGGCUGCUGAGAACAGGAAGGAAUCCCGAGGUGCUCAUGCACGAGAAGACUUCAAAGAUCGUAUUGAUGAAUUUGACUUUUCCAAACCAACUGAUGGACAGAAACCCAGAACCUUUGAUGAACACUGGAGGAAACAUACUUUGACCACUCUUGAUGAACGAACAGGAGAUGUAAAAAUUACCUACCGGCCAGUUAUUGACACAACUUUAAAUGCUCAAGAAUGUGCAACAGUGCCACCGGCAGUGAGGUCUUAUUAAUCAAAUAGUACAUGAUGCAAGGCAGUUGGUUCAUUGUUAGAGACAUUUGUUUUCAUUUCACUGACAUUUCCUUUUUGUGAAGAUCAAGUGCAAUUGCUAUCACCUACUAAUAGUGGGGAGCUCUUUAUUUAGAUCCUACUGAUGCACUACCUCAGCGCUUGCACUGCUUUGUCGAUUUGUUUGUUCUUGAUCACAAAGAGAGGAGGCACUGUCUUUAAGAAACUAUGAAAACAAGUUUGGUUCACAUCACCUCACUUGUAAACAGUUAAUAAUCUAAUAAACUGACUUACAAAAUGGAAUGUAGCAAUAAACAAGAUAUUCUUUUACAUUUUUUCACACUCAUUGUUCUCGUUGGGAUGGCACAUUUCAUUCACAUCAAAGUUUCUGAAAAGCAAACAAGAAAUUGAAAUUUGCUUUCCUGCUUGGCUAGUCACAUUGUAGCCAUUUAUCUAUCGUAACGAGAUACAUAAGACUUCCGUUUAGUUAAUAUCAACAUAAUAUUGACGAAUUAAUUGCCUAAUAAACUGUCUUAACAGUUUAGGCAUAAGACAUUACAA